AUGAGUACCCAAUCCGGAUACCGCCAUGGCAACAGGGCUUUCCUUCAGGCCCUCCUCGCCAAUGGAACAUUGACCUACAAAGAAGCACGGCCGAUAAUUGCCGCCAUCAUCAACGCCGACAAUGCCGGCGACCCAGAAGGUUCAGAAUGCAGGCCCGAUCAGGUUACGGAAGCAAUAUUUCAUGACUACAUCGACAAAGCUUCCGCCACAGCAUCCCAGUUUGACUAUGAGAUUCGGAGCACGCAGCAUCAGGUCACCAAGGAGAGGAUCUUUGCCCUCGUGAACACCACUUCCGACCCCCAGACACAGCUCGCUACGAUAUAUAGUCCGGAAGAGCUCUCUUUUAUCAAGCGGGUUCUCGAUGCCAUGUUUGAAAAGUUUAACCGGCCCCGGCUUGAGUCGCUCUGUAUUACCGAGAUGCAGGCUAUCAAACUUGCAAGGCCACCACGCAGAGAGAGCCAGGGGGAUGGAGAAGAUCAGUCACAAACUCCGAUAGAUAGGGGUUUAAAGCACAGCGAGGUAGAAAACGUUCUCGAAAGUCUCGUCGAGGGAGGGUGGUUCGAGAUUAGCAGAGAGGGUUUCUACUCGCUGACGCCACGAGCGCUCUUGGAGCUCCGUCCUUGGCUCAUUGACAUGUACAAUGACCCAGAUGCUGAGCCCGGCGAGUGGCAGAGGAUCAAAUUCUGCGAGGCGUGCAAGGAGAUUGUCACUUGGGGUCUCAGGUGUGCAGAUCCCGACUGUACGCUCCGGCUGCAUGAUAUCUGCCAAGAAGCGUUUUGGAGGUCACGGCGAGGAACGAAUUGCCCGAAAUGCUCUCGUGAAUGGACUGGGAAUCAUUACGUUGGAGAGAGAGCCAUCACAAUGACCGAGGCGUAUCGACGGGGUCGAAGACAGAGCGGUGGUCAUAGGAGUGCGCUGGCAGAUGAGAUUGUUCAUGAACAGGGAGGUGACGAAGAAAGCGAAGGCGAGGGGGAGGAAUGA